UGGCUCCUACAGUGAACUGCAAGCAGCCAGUGCGCGACGCGGCGGUGAAACGGAGUAGCUAGCUGGUGCUGGUUUGGUGCGGCGCGCGGUGCGCCAGCGGCUUUGGUUUUCAUUUGAUGAGCUGCUCGGGGAAGGCGGCGGACGGCGCGAUGGGGAGCAAGGCGGCGCGGGCGUGCGACGGCUGCCUGCGGCGGCGGGCGAGGUGGUACUGCGCGGCGGAUGACGCGUUCCUGUGCCAGGGGUGCGACACGUCGGUGCACUCGGCGAACCCUCUCGCGCGGAGGCACGAGCGGGUGCGCCUGCGGCCCACGUCGCCGCUGCUCCCUGGUGCGGCCCCGCGGGAGAGGCGCCGCGGCGACGAGGUCGUGCCGGCGUGGUUCAAGCGCAAGGCGCGGACCCCGCGCUCGCAGGCCAAGAGCGUCGGGCGUCUCCUCUCGAGGCGGCUCGUCGUGCCGGAGGCGUCCGGCGGGGACUCGCCGGAGGAGCAGAAGUGUGACGUGGAGACCGACGAGGAGGAGCUGCUGUACCGCGUGCCCAUCUUCGACCCCGCCCUCGCGGAGCUCUGCUCGCCGCUGACUCUCGAGGAAGCGACGACGGCCGUCGCGUCAUGCUGCAAUGAGGAUGGUGCCAUCGUCGAGGACCCGACAAAGCCAGCUGCGACGCCGACUCCGGCGCCGGUUCAGUUCUUCUCCGACAGCCUCGUAAACUUGGGCCCGACGGACGCCGAGCUCAUGGAGUUCGCCGCGGACAUGGAGGCCCUUCUUGGCCGGCCGGGCAUGGACGACGGCGACGAGGAGGAACCGUUCUGCAUGGAGGCAUUGGGCCUCAUCGAGCCGAUGGACGUAGACGGCGGGCGAGUCAAGCUGGAGAUCGACCCCAUGCGAGCGUGCGGCCUCGAGCAGAAGCCGGAGGUGUCCGGCGAUAUGUUCGACAUCGACUUCGACUACGACUCGCCCCUGGGGACACCGGACGAGAACGCUGCAAGCAGCGGUGCCAGUGCGGACGCCCAGUUCACCCCGAGGAGCCUCGCGCUCAAUCUAAACUACGAGGCCAUCAUGGAGAACUGGGGGAGCUCGCCGUGGGCCGACGGCGAGAGGCCGCACGUCAAGCUCGAUGACUGCUGGCCACACGACUACUACUCGCUGCAGGAGGGCGCUUGGAUGAUGGGAGGAGUGGUUGGCCAUGGCGGGGAGGGGUUGGGGACGCCGAGGCUGAGGAUGGACGGCGGCAGGGAGGCGCGGGUGUCGCGGUACCGGGAGAAGCGGCGGACGCGGCUCUUCUCAAAGAAGAUCCGGUACGAGGUGCGCAAGCUCAACGCCGAGAAGCGGCCGCGGAUGAAGGGCCGCUUCGUCAAGCGGGCCAACGGCGCCGGAGGCGGCGUGCCCGUCGCCAUCGCCACGGCGUGCGUCGCGUAGCUGCCGAUCGUGCAAUGCUGUCGGUGUGCAUGCAUGGCUCUGCAGGCUGCAUGGCGCGCGCGCACACACACAAAACAACUCGUCGAAACUGCUCGUAAUUUAGUUACUUUCCUUUUUCAGUUAUUACGGUAUAUGGUGCAUUCAGCUGAGUAUCCAAGGAAUUUCAGGUCGCUCUGAUCAGCUAGCUCGCGCUCGUUAGAGUCGAAGAAAUGAAUAACGGAAUAAUAUUAAGUUUUUCACUUUA